AUGACCCCAAAGUCCUUCUCAGGCCUGUUUUCAAUCCAUUCUCCACCCAACCUGUAUGGCUUUGUUGAGUUUGAUGAUCUGCGAGAUGCAGAUGAUGCUGUUUAUGAGCUGAAUGGGAAAGAUCUUUGUGGGGAGAGAGUGAUCGUUGAGCACGCCCGAGGCCCCCGGCGCGACAGCAGUUACGGUUCCGGACGCAGUGGAUAUGGUUAUAGAAGAAGCGGAAGAGAUAAGUACGGUCCUCCCACCCGUACAGAAUACAGAUUGAUUGUGGAAAACUUGUCCAGCCGCUGCAGUUGGCAAGAUCUGAAGGAUUAUAUGCGUCAGGCAGGGGAGGUGACAUAUGCAGAUGCACACAAAGGAAGGAAAAAUGAAGGUGUGAUUGAGUUCAAAUCCUAUUCUGACAUGAAAAGAGCCCUUGAAAAGCUGGACGGGACAGAAGUAAAUGGCAGAAAGAUUAGAUUAGUGGAAGACAGACCUGGAUCGAGACGGCGCCGCUCUUACUCCAGAAGCCGAAGCCAUUCGAGGUCUCACUCUCGAAGCAGACAUUCCCACAAGAGCAGGAGCCGCAGUGCCAGCAGUAGCCGCUCCAAGAGCAGAUCAAGAUCCAGGUCUGUGUCCCGUUCCAGAAGCAAGAGCCGUAGUCGAAGCAAGAGCCGUAGCAGAGGCCAAAAAGAGAAAAGCAGGACUCCAAGUAAAGAGGAUAAAAGUAGGAGCCGCAGCAGGAGUGCAGAGAAAUCCCGAAACAAGAGUAAAGACAAAUCUGAGGCCACUCUCCAUAACAGUGAUGAGAGGGCAAAGAGCAGGAGCCACAGCAAAGAGAAGAGCAGGAGCGGGAGUAAGGACAGGGGAGAAACGAGGGACAGCGUGAGGAGCAGGAGCAAGGAGAAGAGUAGAAGCAAAGACAGGGAGAAGAGCAUUAGCAAGGCUAGAAGCAGGAGCAAGAGCAGGGAUGAGAGUAGGGGCAGGGAUGAGAGUAGGAGCAGGAGCCACAGUAAGGAUAAAAGGAAAAGUAGGAAGAGAAGCAGGGAUGAGAGCAGAAGUAGAAGCAGGAGCCGCAGCAAGAGUGAGAAAAGCAAGAGGCGCAGCAAGAGAGACAGCAAACCCAGCAGCAAGAAGAAAAGGAAGGACAGCCCUGAGAGGUCCAGAUCAGCUUCCAAAGAGAAGGAGCAUCUAAAAUCAGAUCCUGACAAAAAAGAGGCAAAAAGGGAGGCUGAGGAUGGAGCAUCUCGCUCCAGGUCUAGGUCAAUUUCCAAGUCGAAACCAAAUGUCAAAUCAGGUUCUCGCUCCAGGUCUAAAUCAGUUUCAAAGCCUGGAUCCAGAUCCAAGUCCAGAUCUAGAUCUGCCUCUAGGUCACACUCCCGAUCCCGGUCAAGGUCUCGCUCCAGAUCCUAA